AUGAAGAGCUUAUCAAUUAGAAUAAUUUCAUCAGUGGAAAGCCAAAAACCAUACAUAGCAAUGAUGUUCAUACAAUUUGUAUAUGCAGGCAUGGCUUUGUUUUCUAAAGCAGCAAUUGGUGCAGGAAUGAACCCUUUUGUUUUUGUUGUUUAUAGACAAGCUUUUGCUUCACUUGCCUUGACUCCAUUUUCUUUCUUCUUCCAGAGGAAAAAAGAUCCUCGACCGUCGUUCUGCUUAUUAUGCAAGAUUUUCUUUGCUUCUUUGUUUGGAAUUACAUUGAGUUUAAAUCUGUAUUCUGUCGCUCUUAAGAAUACCUCAGCAACAGUUGCUACUGCUACCGCCAAUACAAUUCCUGCCAUUACCAUCAUCAUUGCUGCUUUUUUCAGGAUGGAAAUCAUUACUUUAAAGCAUUAUUAUGGAGUGGCAAAGGUGGUUGGGACUAUAAUAUGCUUAUCAGGAGCUCUAGUAGUUGCUUUAUAUAAAGGUCCUGCAGUGAAGUUAGUGAAUUGUAAUUCUUCAUCAUCAUUUCAUCAUCAUCAAACCAGUCAUAUUUCCAAUGACCCAUCUAACUCAUCACCAAAGGCAGUUGAUUCAGUUAAAGGAGCACUCAUCAUGCUUUCUGCAAAUACGUUUUGGUCGUUUUGGCUCAUCUUACAGGGUCCCCUGAUCAAGUUAUAUCCAGCAAAAGUACAUCUGACUUCCUUGGGGUGCUGGUUUAGUUGUAUUCAGUCACUAAUCGUGGCUAUAAUCUUUGAGAGGAAUAAUCCAUCUUCAUGGAAGCUUGGAUUGGACAUUAAUCUUCUCUCUGUAGCUUACUGUGGUAUAAAUGUAACUGGAAUGACCUACUGGUUGCAAGCUUGGUGUAUAGAAAGAAAAGGACCAGUUUUUAUAGCAAUGUUUUCUCCUUUAGCACUUGUCAUUACUAUCAUCUUCUCUGCCUUCAUAUGGAAGGAGCAGUUGCAUUGGGGAAGUAUUGCCGGUGCACUGUUGUUAAUAGGAGGCUUAUACAGCGUGUUGUGGGGGAAGAACAAAGAAGAACUCACAAAUACUACGACUGAGGAAGAGAUAAAAAUUGAUGACAAAACCAAAGAAGCAAAUGAACUGGAACUUAUUGAUGCAGAAAGGCAACUAAAAUGCGAACAAUAACCAUUUGCGGGUUUAUCUAGGAUGCUAGCGCGCGAAUGGCAUUCCAUCACAUUAAUAUGGACGGGUGCUGGGAUGUUUCAGAUGUAAUAUAG